UGCUCACCUGUCACUCAUGUUGAUCUGUUGGUCCCCCAGGCUAUCAGUGGGUGUGGUCCGGAGGGGGGUGAUCAAUGGGGCAGCGUGGGGUCGGGCCAGGAGAAAGGGGGGCGGGCCCUCACCUGUCUGAUCCAAGACGAUGAGCUGACUCUGGGGGAGAAGCUGGGAACGGGCUCCUUCGGCGUGGUGAAGAGAGGAGAGUGGCAGACCCCCACUGGGAGAGUGCUGCCGGUGGCAGUGAAGUCUCUGAAAAGUAGUCUUUCCAGACAGACAGACACCAUGACAGACUUUCUCCAGGAGGUGACCACCAUGCAGUCUCUUGACCACCCCAACAUCAUCCGCCUCUACGGAGUGGUGCUCACACAGCCCCUCAAGAUGGUGACAGAGUUGGCCUGUCUGGGGUCCCUGUAUGACAUGCUGCGCUCUCGCCAGCACGAGUACCCCCUGGCACGCCUCUGGCUCUUCGCCACCCAGAUAGCAGCGGGUAUGGAGUACCUGGAGGGUCGCAGGUUCAUCCAUAGGGACCUGGCUGCCCGGAACGUUCUGCUGGCCUCCAGGGAGAUGGUGAAGAUUGGGGACUUUGGUCUGAUGAGGGGCCUGAGCCAGGAGACAGACCACUACGUGAUGACGGCCCACAGACGUAUCCCCUUUGCCUGGUGUGCCCCAGAGAGUCUGCGUGUGGGCUCUUUCACCCACUCCUCUGAUGUGUGGAUGUUUGGGGUCAUUCUCUGGGAGAUGUUCACCUACUGUGAGGAGCCUUGGCGGGGGCUAUCUGGCAGACAGAUCCUCUGGCGUGUGGAGCUGGAGGGACAGCGUAUGGAGAGACCCCCUGACUGUCCUCAGGAACUCUACUCUGUGAUGAGAAAGUGUUGGGCCUGCACCCCCUCCAACCGACCCACCUUCUCCCAGCUUACCACCCUGGUCGCAGAGGCUCAGCCUUUGGAGGUGUGUGCUGUGCGGGACUUUGUGGAACCUGGAAAACUCGCUCUCCUGUCCAACGACCUAGUGACCAUCAUAGACCAUAGUCUGGAGCUGUGUGAGUGGAAGGGCCAGAACCAAAGGACCUUGAUAGUGGGCUGGUUCCCCCCGAGCCUGGCUGCUCCCUCCCUCUCCGCCCCCAGCAGCGCCCCUGCUCUUCCCACCACAGCCCCCGUCGCUGCAUCGAGCCUCAUCCCGCCCCCCCUGAAGGGCAGUCUGCAGCACACGGGGCAGAGUGAGACCCACCCCGACCGUAACUGGGGCACGCCGGAAUGCCUCGACGAGAGAGUAAACUGGAGAAGAAGCCCAGCAAAUAGAGAGAGAGAGGGCGGCUCCAAUUUACAGAAAAUGUCAGGUAUGACCAGGAGUCUGGAGUCUGUCCUGAGUGGUCCCCAGAGCAGGACCUUAGGAGGGGUCAAGGUGGACCCCCGUCGUGGACCCCUCCCCAACGCCAUGGUUGCCCGCAGCGUUGUGGUGCAGCAGGGUCCCCAUCGGUUCAGCGAGGCCAGCAUCAACCCCCCACCUCGACCGCUCCCGCCCAACCUCAAACGCGCCAAGAUUCCCCAGGUGGCCUUGUUCCGAGAUCGAAGGCCUGUAAAUCCAUCCCCAGGUUCCUUGUGGCCUCCACAACCUCAAAAGAAUCCUCAGCAGCAGAUGCUACAGCCACCCCAGCCCCAGCUGCAGCAGACCAUGGGGGGCAGCGACCUGGGCAAAAUGGCCCACAUGGCAUGGUCCAAACCAGCACUGGAUGACUAUGGGGACAAGGAGAGGAAUCAAGAAAAGGAGUGGGUGGUGAGGGAACGAGAGAGGGAGAGGAACCCGUCUCAAGUACAACACACCAGGGAAGCCUUCAUAGCCCAGGUCACGGAAGCAGUGCAUGGAGUGACCAAUGAGGAGGUUCGGAACGCACUUCACUGCAAUGAAUGGAACCCUAUAAGGGCCCAGCAACAACUCAAGAUGGAGCAGCUGCACUCUCUGAGCCUGUGUUCUCGUGACGACUGCCUAAGGAUCCUGUCCCGCUAUCAGUGGGAUCUACAGCUGGCCAGCCGCUACCUGUUCAGAAUGGUAUGGGAGGAGAGGACUGGAGCAGGAGAAAGGGAGAGGAGGGACGGAGAGAGAGAGGCUGCUGCCAUGGAGAGACGAGGAGUAUGAGAGGUGUGGGGAUGGAGGGAUACUGGAAACAGAGGACAAUAAAGAUUUACGAAAUUGAAGAGGGACUGAGGAGCUAUGAGGAAUUUAAGAGAUGGGAUGGUUGAUUAAAAAGGAAUGGAAUAUAUAUGAAGUGAACCAUAAAGACAUUACAGUCCUCCAAAAUGCAAUUUUUAUCCCUUUUUACAAUUCUGUUUAGUCUUUUUUGAUGACGUGACAGACAGCCACGCCCUCUCUGUUCUCAAAAGUAGUUGUGUAUCAUGAUGAAUUUGUAGAGUGCCGUACAAAAGUAUUCAGACCCCUUGGAUUUAUUCAUAAUUUAUGGUGUUACAAAGUGGGAUUCAAAUUGAUUGAAGUGUUAUUUUUUUGUCAAACAUUUACACCAAAUACUCUGUCAAAGGGAUACAAAAAUUCUAACAUUUUAAAAACUAAAAUAUAGUAAUUGCAUUAAGUAUUCAGGUCCUUGACUCAAUACAUGUUACAAACACCUUUUGGCGUCGCUUACAUCUGUGAGUCUUCUUGGAUACGUCUAUAAGAGCUUCAUAUACCCGGAUUGUGCAAUAUUUGUCCAUUAUUCAUUUAAAAAUUAUUCAAGCUCUGUCAAGAUGUCGGUGAUCAUGGCUAGACAGCAAUGUUGAAGUAUUGCCAUAGAUUUUUAAGCAGAUUUAAGUCAAAACUAACUUGGCCACUCAUGUACAUUCACUGUCUUCUUGGUAAGCAGCUCUAGUGUAGAUUUGGCCUUGUGUUUUUUAUGUUAUUAUCCUGCUGAAAAGUGAAUGCCCAUGGCAACACAGCAGUUUCAUUCCUGUCCUGCAGCUCAGUUCAGGAUGACUAUUUUUUAUGUCUGGGUGGUUUAAUACAUAAUCCACAGCAUAACAAUUCACUUGACCAUGAUUUAAAGAGCUAUUCAAUGUCUGAUUUGUUAUUGUUGCCCACUUUCAUUAUCCUUCUUUGAUUCUUUCGAAAAGCUUCUUAGUUGAAUCUGUACUCGAAAUUCAAUACUUGACUUUACAGAUGUGUGUACGGGGGACAGAGAAAGAGUUAGUAAAUAAACAAAUCCAUGUAACUUAGGUGAUUUGUUAAGCCACAUUUACUCCUGAAGAUGCUGAAUACGUAUGCAACAACUCUAUUUUAGUUAUGAAUAUUUGAUUUAUCAUGAAAAAAUAUAUUUUACUUCCUCAUUUAAGAGAAUUUUGUGUAGAUUGUUGACAAAGAAAUUACAAUUAAAUCCAUUUCAAUCCCACUUUACCCCAAUAAAAUGAAGAAAUUCAAGGGCUAUGAACACUUUUGCAAGGCACUGUAUUGUAUUAGCAUUGAUUAUAUUUGUUGAAUAAAAUGUUGAUACAAAUUGUGCAUGGCGCUAGUGAUGUGUACAUGUGACUCAUGCCCCUCAAUUUACACCCAGUCAAGAGAGUUGGGAUGUUGUAACAAUCAAAAGAUGAUCUACAGAGUGAUGUAAUUUCCUUUCAGAGGAAGUGUUUGUCAAUUCUCUGCUUUGACUUCCUUUACCACUUUAGUUGAGGUGAAUUGUGAGCUUCUCCUUAUGCUGUCUAAAACUACAGCGUUACAGGAGCUGGUCACAUAGGGCUGGAGAAUCCAUAGUACUAGGGAAGGACAUGAGUUUAUUUUAACCUGCACCUCAGCAUGCGUCCAGCGGGGGGGGGGGGAAUGAGAGCACUGCUCCCUUUGUGGUCCCGGCCUUUUUCCUGUCUACUACAGGGCUUGGAUACAUUUCAGGCCCUCCUGGCACAUUGCCACUACCGUUUUAGGAAUGGUUAAGAGUUAUGGAAUGAGACUAAGGGCCAUAAUGUAAUUAGGCCCAUGACUUGGAAAAAGGUGGAUGGAGACUGGAGAGAGACGAAAAGCCUGCCACAGGAUCUGCUUCUCCAAUUAUUAACAGGUCUGUCAUUUUGCUGGGCUUCAUAAGCACCUCUCUCCAUCCCAACCACCCUCAGUGGCCACUGGCCUAGUGGAGUCUGUCACUUGCAAAACCUAGUUCAGGAUUCAAACCAGGACGGCGGAAGAUGUGUUCAUUUCCGAGCCGACCUCUGCGUUCAUUUUUAAUGUGAUCUCCGCAAAUGCGGAAACAUUACCUUUAAAAAGAUGCAUAGCCAGGAAGAGGUGAUCGGAUUGAAUCACAGACAUAAGACUCAAUUCAAUCCGUAACACUGACAUGCUGUAGCGGGAAUGAAAUGAGUCAUUUCCGAUUGAGCCGGCAUCAGCGGCGUUGACCGUCAGUGCAGGAACAUUGGCUUUAACUGUACUUUGCGCUGCAGCAAAGCUCUCCAGCGAUACGGAUUGAAUCGAGACCCGAGUGUAAAAAUACAGGUCACGCAGAACGAAAAAAAAAAGGUACAAAACUGCUUUAUUUACCACAACUGUUUGACCCCAGGGCUGGAUUCAAUCUGUAGUGCCGAAGAUACGCAUGGUUGAAAUUCAAAAAGUCAUUUUCGAUUGAGCCGACAUAUGCAGCGUUUACUGCAAAUGCAGAAAUCUUGCAUUUAAAUUUCAAUCACGCUAUAAUGCUGAUCUUCAGCACUACUGAUUGAAACCAGAACCUUAUUGCCUAAUACAACACUUUCCCUAAACAGUGCAACGAGUCAUCAUACUCACCCCAUGAACAAAAUGACACUGUAUUUAACACCAAAGGAAACAGUUUACCAAGAAAUUGGCCCCAACUCUUCACUAUGUCCCUUAAGUCAGGUAAGCACAUUCCUUCAUGAUGAAGGCGUGCCCUGCAGGUAAAUGAUUCUGGGACAAAGUUGUUGUUUUUUAAGUGGAUGAAUGUAAAUGCACAAUGCGUCGCAUCAAUUAUGUCACUUAAUGAUGAUAGCUCCUUGAAUCUCUGACAAUCACUGCUGCAAAAAAAAAAGAUGUCGACUCAGAUGGCAGCCACCUCACUCUCUCCCACUUCCCCAGUGGAUAUAGUUACUAUCAGAAGUAGUAACAUUAAAAUGAUCGACAGCGUGAAUGAAUGGUGCUUGUCAAGGAACAACUGAGGCCUGGAAAAAUUUACACAGUGUACAAAACAUUAGGACCACCUUCCUAAUAUUGGAGUCGUACCCCCUUUUGCGCUCAGAACAGCCUCAGUUCGUCAGGGCAUGGACUCCACAAGCGUUCCACAGGGAUGCCGACUCCAAUGCUUCCCACAGUUGUGUCAAGGUGGCGGAGCAUUCUUGAUACACACGGGAAACUGUUGAGCAUGAAGAAGUCAGCAGCGGUGCAGUUCUUGACACAAACCGGUUUGCCUGGCACCUGCUACCAUACCCCAUUCAAAAGGCUUUUGUCUCGCCCAUUCACCCUCUGAAUGGCACAAAUACACAGUCUCAAGGCUUAAAAAUCCUACUUUAACUCGUCUCCUCCCCUUCAUCUACACUGAUUGGAGUGGAUUUGACAGGUGACAACAGUAAGUAAUCAUAAUUUGACACUAAAAUAAAGAAUCUAGAAUGUAAUACUGCAACUGAAGCAGUUUGGUAUGAUAAAAUACUUGCCAUGGCAGUGACUAAAAAGAAAAUACUGAAAAA